AUGCCGGACAUCACCUUCAUCCUGCUGGACAGCCACUUCUGUAUGUUUAGCUGUGUUCGUGGCUCGAAGCCAGCGUCAGUUGUGACCAACAAAGACGCGACGAGUACCUACGUCGUCGCUUCUGCACCUUCGCCGGCCUUGGACGCGCCUUUCUGCAUACACUGCACCGGUCACCGCGCAACCUUCUUCGUUUCGGCCUUUCUUCAGACCUCCGUCUUCGUGCUGUACCAAAGAUCGUUCGAACGUGACCUCCUCCUCGGAGGGGAUGGCCAGUGCUUCCAUGGGAGAAACUACGAGUGGAAUCACGAAGAAAAAUACUCCCUUGCCGAGACGUAUUACUGGGACAACACGACGGCGAGAAUCAUAAAGAAGCCUGUAUACUUAUACCCUGAAGCAACCCCAGGAUAUGAGGUGCCAAAUGCAAUGACGGUCUCUCCCUACAAAGGCAAGCUUGUGUCCAUCUACUAUCCAUUCGUGGUCUCAGAAUAUGACAACUGUGAUAUACUCCGUUCUCCAAGGCACGACAAUGGCUGCGAGCUCUGGGUCACCCGGCAGGGGGUGCAGAACGUCAGCAGCGCCUGCCUUUUCAUCUACGAUCUCUUAUGCGGACCUAACAAGUUUCAAAAGUACGACGAGGAAUUCUGCAGAGAUAAAAUUCAGAUUAGGUAAUAAAGGCGUAAUGUCUCACUCUUUUGAA